AUGUCCAGGAAGCGCAACACCGACUCCGUGGAAGAUGGAGAGAAGCCAUACACGAAUGAUGACCGGCUCGCUUUGGAAACAAGAGAGGCCAACAAAUUCCCCGCGUACAAACCAAAGGACAAAGAGGUGGCGUUCAGGCAACGAUUUCAGGUUCCGUUCCUCAAUAAAGCUACCGGCGAGUACAGUUCUGGUCGGGUGGCUCCAACAUUGGGGAUGCGACGAGGCGCGACAUUUGUGGUCAAGCCACUACAUGACCCCAGUGGAGAAUUUGCGAUUGUUUUAUACGACCCUACGGUAGACGACGUCGCUGAGGAACCUGCGCCCAAAAACCCGGAGGCACCGACGGAGGACACGCCAAAAUUGGAUGAGCCAAUUGUGCAUAAGAGUCUAGCAGACAUUCUGGGGCUCAAAAAGAAUGUGGAAGACAGGCCAAAGGUGCCUGUUGUGAUUGACCCGAGACUGUCCAAAGUGCUUCGACCACAUCAAGUCGAGGGUGUGAAGUUCCUUUAUCGAUGUGUUACUGGGCUCGUUGACAAGAAUGCAAAUGGAUGCAUCAUGGCAGAUGGCAUGGGACUUGGUAAAACGCUUCAAUGCAUCGCAUUGAUGUGGACGCUACUCAAGCAGUCCUCAGAAGCGGGAAAAACUACCAUUCAGAAAUGUGUGAUUGCAUGUCCGUCAAGUUUGGUUGGUAAUUGGGCCAACGAGUUGGUAAAAUGGCUUGGAAAAGACGCCACCACACCUUUUGCGAUCGACGGAAAGGCCACGAAAGCAGAGUUAAUAACCCAGAUCAAGCAGUGGGCCAUGGCAUCAGGGCGUGGAAUCGUCAGGCCCGUCCUUAUUGUGUCCUACGAGACACUCCGUAUGUAUGCGGAUACUUUGAAUGAUACCCCGAUCGGACUUCUUCUAUGCGACGAAGGUCAUCGACUGAAGAACAAGGAGAGUUUGACAUGGACUGCUUUGAACCAACUCAAUGUUACUCGCCGAGUGAUUCUUUCUGGAACACCUAUCCAGAAUGACCUGUCUGAGUACUUCGCUCUUCUUCACUUCGCUAACCCGAACCUUCUUGGCUCCCAAGCCGAGUUCCGGAAAAGGUUCGAAUUACCGAUUCUACGGGGUCGGGAUGCCGCAGGCACAGACGCAGAAAAGAAGCUGGGGGAUGAACGACUACAGGAACUCUCUGGUAUUGUGAAUAAGUUCAUUAUCCGCCGAACCAACGAGCUCCUCUCAAAAUACUUGCCCAUCAAGUACGAGCAUGUUGUGUUCUGCAACAUGUCAGAGUUCCAGCGUGGUCUGUAUAACCAUUUCAUCAAGAGUCCAGAGAUCCAAAGCCUUCUUCGCGGAAAAGGCAGUCAGCCGCUGAAAGCAAUCGCCCGAAUCCGACAAGACACCAACGACAAAAUCGUCCUCAUCAGUAAUUACACUCAGACCCUCGAUCUAUUCGAAAAGCUCUGCCGGUCACGGGGUUACGGCUCCUUGCGCCUUGACGGCACCAUGAACAUCAAAAAGCGCACAAAGCUAGUCGACACGUUCAAUAACCCAGAGGGUCAGGAAUUUGUAUUCCUCCUGAGUAGCAAAGCCGGCGGGUGUGGACUGAAUUUGAUCGGCGCCAACCGGCUGGUGCUAUUCGAUCCAGACUGGAACCCAGCCGCUGACCAGCAAGCGCUAGCACGAGUGUGGCGAGACGGACAGAAGAAAGAUUGUUUCGUCUACCGGUUCAUUGCAACAGGCUCAAUCGAAGAGAAGAUCUUCCAGCGCCAGUCCCACAAACAGUCCCUCUCAUCGUGCGUCGUGGACUCCGCAGAAGAUGUCGAGCGUCAUUUCUCCCUCGAUUCCCUGCGAGAACUCUUCCAGUUCAAACCGGAUACUCGGAGUGAUACUCAUGAUACCUUCAAGUGCAAACGGUGCCGGCCCGACGGCACGCAAUAUAUCAAGGCCCCGGCUAUGCUGUAUGGUGAUACUAGUUCGUGGAACCAUUUUGUCAAUACCGGCGAGAAGGGCCCGCUCAAUCAAAUCCAGGAUCUGCUUCUUCGUCAGGAGACUGGGGAACAGGAUGUUUCGGCUGUUUUCCAGUACAUCAGUCACUGA